UGAAAAUUGGGGAAGACUCGUAUAUUCUCCAGAAAGAAGCGUAGAGACAGAAAAACGAAACCCUCGGCUCAAAGUUCAUCAAAGAUCUAAUAGAAGGAACUGAAACCUAAUACGCAGUGAAAGAGAGAUCUGUCGUAGCAAUGGCAGAAGAGAAGAAGCAAGAACAAGCAAUUGUACCUCCUCCACAAUACAAUUUGGACGCAAAGUGGGACGCUUGUCUUGAUUUGGGGGUUCGCCGUUUCGCUUACUUUUCCUUAAUCGGUGGCUUUGCUGGUCUUCUCCUCUUCCGGAGUCCUGUGACACGCUGGGCAUCAACGGCAUUUGGUGCUGGGACAGGUCUAGGAUCUGCAUACACGGAAUGCUCUCAGAAAUUUGGUGGAUAUCCUGGAAAAUUAACUGCUAAUGUUUCUGAGGCUCCUAUUACCAAGGAUGGGGAGCACUGAAGCAACCGUUUCACUGGGAUCACAGAUCUAAAUUUUCAUGUGAUAAAAUCGUUGUUACCUGUUUCCACCAUAGGCUUUUUUGCCCUUUAUCAAGACUAUUUGUUUUGCAUGACUUUGAUUUUCAGAGCAAUCUAUGGCUAAUUAUUAAUUAGCUCAUUUGGCCUUUUUUAUUUUGUAACUGUUACUACUGAAACAGAGUUAGAUAGCAAAAGGAAAGAAGAAAUAAUUGCUUUCGUGCA